AUGACUACCGACGCACCAGGUCUAUCUGCCAUGAGUGUCGAGCGUGCUCCCUCUCUCGCUCCAGAGAUUUGCAAUAGCGCAGCAUCUCAGACAGAUCCAGCCGCAUCACUCAAUCAGCUCGACUCGACAACUGACCGCCGAGCAACAGCCAAAUCUGCCCUCGCGCCUUUUGCCUUGCGAUCCCAAGACGGAGAUUCAGCUUCGAUCCGCGCUUCCAAUCGACAGUCGAGAACAAUUCAGAAUCUUACAGACGAUGAAUUGCAGGAUUUGAGAGCUGUUCAGAGGACCUUUGACGGAGCUUACAUGCGCACAGCACUAGGAGAACUAGUUUUCGCGCUCGUCAUCUUGCGUCUCUUCCAGACACGCUUCUACUACGUCGGCGUGGCGUACACCACACUAGCGCUCAUCUUUGUAGGCGCUGCAGCUUACAGAUUCAACUUGGCACUUCAGAAUGAGAAGUGCGACAACGUAGAGAUGGGCAGCAGUUCCUUCUCGCAGUUCGCAGGAGCUGGAUGCCCACGCGCUGAAACGACGAGCAAUGCGAGAGACGUAUCAGAUCCUUCAAGUAGCACGGCUACGAUUACGCCAGCAAGACCCGCGAUGGAGGAUAGAUUCCCACCUACGCCUUCGCUCGAACGCUCCCAAUCUUUUGCUGGUCUCCAGAUUCCUGAUCAGACGGCAGGAGGGAGCAGAACGGUGAAUGCAGCUAGGACACGUGGAGACGCUCCUCUCGUCCUCUCGCCCAUUUUUAGAACGGCAGGAGGCGUAGUCGCUUUCGUCACCGUUCUAGUACUCGCCAUCUACGUUGCCCUCUUUUCUCUCAUUCUGGACAUGUCGUGA